UGCUGCAAGGUUUUUUGAAGUGAUAGCCUGCCACCUAUGUUUACCUAACAUCUGGCAGAGUCUGAUUAGACUUUUCGCUACUUCAACUAAAGGAUUUCCCCCAACAGAACCAGCAGCUAAAUGAGAUCAUGAUUUUAGAAGGAACUGGCAGAAUGAGUCUUAAUUCGGUCACAAAUCUUCUCCAUGAACAGCCAUCCUGGACAGAUGGAUAUCCUACGUGUAAUGUAUCAGGCAAUUUUUUUGGACCUCAGUGGCAUGAAAUGCAUCCUCAAUAUUGGACGAAGUACCAGGUCUGGGAAUGGCUUCAGCAUCUUUUAGACACCAACCAGUUGGAUGCCUCCUGUAUUCCUUUUCAAGAGUUUGAUAUCAGUGGAGAACACUUGUGCAAUAUGAGUUUGCAAGAUUUCAUUCGGGCCGCUGGCACAGCUGGACAGCUUCUUUAUAGCAACCUUCAGCAUCUGAAGUGGAAUGGUCAAUGUGGAAGUGAAAUGUACCCAUCACAUAAUGUCAUUGUUAAGACAGAACAAACAGAUCCAUCUGUAAUAGCAUCAUGGAAAGGAGAGAAUUAUUUCUAUGACAGUGGAUAUGGUGGCACAGUAGAAUUACUAGAUAGCAAGGCCUACAGUCGAGCACAGAUUUCAAUCAAUGCUUCUAGUCACCAAGCUACUGAAGAUUCUACAGAUGUGAAAAAAACACAAGACCACCUCCCAAAAUCUCACAGCAAGAAACACACUCCUAGAGGAACUCACUUGUGGGAAUUCAUACGAGACAUUCUCCUCCAUCCGGAGAAGAACCCAGGGUUAAUUAAAUGGGAAGACCGGACUGAAGGCAUCUUCCGAUUCCUAAAAUCAGAGGCAGUGGCUCAACUGUGGGGAAAGAAGAAGAACAAUAGCAGCAUGACUUAUGAGAAACUCAGCCGUGCCAUGAGGUACUAUUACAAAAGAGAAAUUCUUGAAAGAGUUGAUGGCCGAAGACUGGUAUAUAAAUUUGGGAAGAAUGCCCGUGGAUGGAGAGAAAAUGAGAACUAGAGACACCUUUUAAAAUCAAAUCAAACUAUCCACAUCAUAACCAAAAUGGAUUUCUUGUGGAUGUAAAUAUUUCAAAGACACUUUUCUUCUAUUUAUGUACAAAAUGGGGGAGGGGGGAUCUAAUUCUACUGGGAAGAAGGAAUAUUGCAGUUUAUUGGUGUUAAAAUUAUUUUAUUUGAAAUAUGUCCUUCUGUGGGGAAAAGCGUACACAGAUUUCUGUGACCUAUGAUAGCUCUGUAUGAAUGUGUUUGGUGAUGUGUUUGCCUUUCUUGUGAAGACUUUGUAUUCCAGGCGAAAUGUGAUUUACCACAAUGCUGUGAGAGAUGCAUGCAAUGAGAGGGAAUCAUAGGGCAUUACUUUUUACUUAGGUGCUUACAAAUAAGGCCUGUUGUUUUCAUCAUAUGAGAGAAAAGAGGGCUUUGCUUUUAUUUCAUUGCAACGUUUGCUUGAAGGCAUUGGCUCAACGCAAAUCAUGUAUCUGUUCUCAGGGACAGCUGCGUAGGAAUAGGAAGGAAACAAAUGGAAUCUAUGGACUGUGACUUUUGUUGGCCAUGUAGUACUAUACUCCUCCUUCAUUUAUGAUCCACAGUUUAGGGAUGGCCAGAAGCUUUUGAUUCUUGAAAGGAAGAUACAUUAAUAACUGUCAUGUACCUACAAAAGAUCCAUGACCUUAGUGAAAGGGGCUUUUUAAGGGCUUUUGGAAAUCAUAGUUCACUGAGCUUUGGCUCACAUUACAAUUUCCCAGGCUGUGGUCAUUAGCAGUAUGUUGGAGGAUCAAGGACAGUCACAGUGCCAAAAUUCUUUGGGAAGGUCAAUUGUACAGUGAAAUCUAUAGUGUAACUAUCAUAUGGGGAAAGCCAAUGAGGGUUUGGAAACCCAGCCUUAAAUCCCAUUAGAGGUAUAAAAAUCAAUACACUAUCUCAUAGCCUAACAAUCUCAUUUUUGUGAAGCCAAAAUGCAACUUUGAGCUCUUUGAACAAAGGGCAGGAUACAAAUGUGACAAAAAUGUUGCCAAAAAUCAAUAAAUGAAAUGUCUGACACAACGUGUGAGCAACAAUAACAUUAGCCUAGUUUCCCCUAGAUUAAUCACCAUAUUUAAACUGUAAAACUUCAUAUAAGGAAAUUAAAUUAAGUGCUGCCCAAUAUUGAAGGGGGAAAUCAUCUACUUGGAAAUCUAGGAUAUCAAAAAGAAAGCUAAGCUAGAACAGUUCUCUCAGAUGUCUAGUUUGUAUUUAGAAGAAUUUGGGGCGGGGGGAAGAACAGUAAUUUGAAUUCUGACUGGUAAUUUAAGUAAAUACAAAGGUACACUCCUCUUCCCCCUUCCUUUACAGAAAAAACACACAUAGGCAUGCCAUAGAAACAAUAUUUUCUCAUAUACUGUUCCUACCAAAGCUGUCACCAUCCAUUACAGUCAUGUGACAUUUUUUAACUUUACAGAACGUGGGUGUAGGCAGAUUUAUCAUAUUUACAGAUGAAGUCGUAAGAAUCCAAUCUUCCAAGCAAACUACUUCCUUUGUCUUUUUCUAGAUUGGACAUUUCUUUUUUCUCUAAAUGCACCUUUCCCUCCUCAUUAAUUUACAUCUUGCUUCCCGUUUAUAACUUUCUCAAUCCUAUGGCAUCCAGUUGAUUCUUUAACUCUGAUUCUUGAUUCUUUAACUCUGUAUCAAUGAUAAAUAAUGGACAAUUCAUCACUACCUUGUGCCUAGGUUGUAUGGAACUACUGAAAAGGCAUUGUUACUCUUUAAUAUAUGCCAUUUAUUCAAUUUAAAUGUAUCCAAUUUUGUUCCAAAGAAUAAAAUACACUCAGUGGGUAAAUGAAUACUUUUUAAUGAAUCAGCUCCUGGGGAUCAGAGAAUGAGUAUGAUAGGACCUUCUUCAGGUAGCAUGAGAAGAUAAAUGACUUUACAUACACAAAACAAAAAAUGACAGAUAUUCAUAUUUAAGGACCCAACCUGCCUCCAUCCUAAGGAGCCUUCCUCCAACUUAAACAGAAGAGCUUCAAACUUUGGCCGUUUCCACACUACUCACCUUCUGGAAUGCUGCAGAAUGUCGCAAAAAACCGCAGAAAAUAGCGUCUUCUCGUGUGAGUUUUGUGCGAUGUCGCUCAAAACUUGUGCGAGAAGACGCUAUCUUCUGCGGUUUUUUCACGAUGUUCUGCAGCAUUCCAGAUGAAGUAGUGUGGAAAUGGCCCAAAUUUGGUGGAGAAGUAAGGUAGGGUUGGAUCCAACCUCAUGGCUGGAUGAGUUGGAUUUAAUCUACAUCUUUUUUUGUUUUAGAAACUGUUGAUGUAAUCCAUAGUGAUUGGUGCUGCUAUUUCACUUUCUCUCAAGCUAGGUCACACAGAUCAUGUGGUAAUUACUUACAAUUAUUUCAUUAUGCAAAAGCUGCAUUUUUGUGGAAUCCCAUGGGAAAUGACAAUAUUACAAUACUUAUGCUACCAGCAGCAACUCUCUGUUUUGGAGGGGUAUAAGGAUUCAAUUGCAAAGUGUUUGUGAAUAUUAAGAACAUAUCUGCACUACAGCUUUAAAACAGUUAAUAGUCUGUUUAAAGAAAUUAUCAUUCUUUAUCCCCAGAAAAUGCUGGGAGAGGACCUAGGAAUUUUUUGCACCUUCAACAUACUGUAUUUGUUUGGGGGAACUGCUGUUAAAAUCGAUGUGUGUAGUAUAGCAUAUUGAGUAUAGAAUGGAUGAUUUUAGAAUGUGUAUGUGUAAUAUGUAGCAAAUAAUGUCUCUUUAUGAGUCAGUUUCAACCUCAGAUGAAUUAUUUAUUAAAGACUAAAAAUUGUAGAUUCAGAUAUUUUCUAGUAAUGCGAAGUACUAGGUAAGCAGACCAAAACAUUCAUUACACUUUCAUAUCUGGGUUUUUCUACCAUUGCUUAUGUUUGUGUAGGUUGCUCGUUUGGGACUCAAAUCCAUGUGGCUUUCCAAGUUCCAGUGCUUCAGGACCAUUACUUUCAAUAGGGAAUCUAUUGGAGGGUCUGGGGCAGCUGUUUAUAUAGAUAACUGAGUUAAAUUUUCACAGAACAUAGUUCUCCCUCUCUUCUCCUAAGUUCAGUAAACUGAACACAGGGAUUCAAUGUUAUAACUCCCCCAAUGUAGAUGCCUUUCGGCAGAGGCGCAGUUCUCUGCACUGACUGUUAUCAUAACAAAAUGGCUCUGGCUACGAGCAUUAAAAAAAAAAAAACCCUGUCUGCAUUCAUUUCAUUUUCCUUCUCUUACAGUGACUAACUGACAAUUCAAAAAAAUUACCUUUCCUCAGAAAACUCUGUGUUUGUCAUCCUUGUUGGAGUAUGUUGUUUGUUUCACAAAGUGAGAAAGGAGAAUGGCAGCUUUGCAAUUACUCCCUAUGGUAGACUUUUUCAGAAGGGCUGGAGUGGUUGUUUUUCAACAGAAUGAUGCCACAAUUGCAGCAGAGCUAAGGCUGCCUGUUCACUAAAGAACACCCAAGUUUCAAGCAGAUUGGUCCAAGGGUUCCAGUUCUGUGGGCUACUGAACAAGGUGCCCCCAGCCAAGAUAAUUGCAAGAAAAAAAUGAUCCUCCCCCACAAAGGGAGGGGAAGAAGCAGUGAGCAAGAAGCUUUGCAAUUAUUCCAUAUGGGUGACUUUUUCAGAGGUAGAAUUGGUUUCCAACAAAUUUUCAAGUAAAUUGGACCAAGGGUUCUAAUUCUGUGGUCCACUGAACAAGGCGCCCCUGGCUGUUAUGUGGAGGAGGGGAGGGCUCUGCCCCCACAAAGGAAGGAACAAAUGAGAAUGGCAGCUCUCUGCAGCUCAUCUCCAAACAUCAUUGAUUGAGAUUUUUAAGGGGAAGAGUUUUUGUAAUUCCCAGGCAUCUUGGAUUUGUGUUACCAUUCCAGAAAAUCAUGAAAAUUACCUGAAACAGUGGUUUCCAUGUAUAUCUUCAGGUCAGGAAUUUCAUAAUGCACACCCCUAUUAAGCACUUCAAAUAGAGAGUUUGACAUAUGAUUUCAUAAUUCCAUAGGUUUGGGAACAGAGGCCAGGUAACGUUUACUUUGCCUUAAACAGAGAGAUAUUAACUGCUGAAGGUCUUGCCAAACACAUUAAAGUCCCUGCCGAAGAUGAAGCUUUUACCAGUUCUAACAAACAGGAUAAAAUGAAGACAUGAAGGUUUAUAUUAGACUGCUGUUUAUAUGUAAAGGAAUUUCUGAGAUUGUUCAUUUAAUAUAUUUGAAAAAAAUGGAGUGGUUUUUUUUUUGCUUUUACACUGGUAGGAUUAUAUGGACUUUUUUGUAGUAUACUUUUUCAUAUGUAUAAAUCUCUCAUUAUAAAAGAGUUUCCUGUAUUUAUAUGGUUGCAAGCAAAAUCAUGGUGUAAAAGAGUAUGUUGAUAUACUCUGCAAUUUCUCUUAGCAUGGGUAGUGCAGCCCAAGCCUAUACAUGUUUACUCAGAAGUAAGUCACAUUGAUUUCAAUGGACUUCCUCCCUGGUAGGAUUUCAGUCUUAGUGAGUUUCUCCUGGGAGCUGACUGCUUAUAUGCCAACUUUACUGUUGCUGGGGAAAUUGAUAGUGACAGCUUGGUUUUGCACCUCCAGUGUUUAAUAUUUUUCACAAUACAAAAUGUUGUGGGAUAUUUUGUAAUGCACUAAAUAAAUAAAUAUUUCAAAGUAAAGACAA